UCGGUGCUCUCACUUGGCGUCUCCCCGGAUCGCAUUGUCUACGCCAACCCCUGCAAGGCGGGGCCGCAUAUCGAAUACGCCCGAACCGUCAAUGUGAACCUCGCCACAUUCGAUUCGGUGCACGAGCUCCACAAGAUGAGUCAGCACCAUCCCCAAUGCUCGCUCCUGCUCCGCAUCAAGCCUCCUGUCAGCACCGGGGUCCGCCGCUCCCUGGGCGCCAAGUACGGUGCGUUACCCGACGAGGUGGGCCCUCUGCUAGAAGCCGCCCAGUCAAUGGACCUGUCGGUUAUCGGCGUCUCGUUCCACAUCGGCAUCUCGGCCACCAUCUUCGAAACCUACGACGCAGCGAUCGAAGCGGCCAGGGAAGCGUUCGACCUAGCGGAGGAAAUGGGCUUGCCGAGGAUGAGCGUGCUGAAUAUUGGCGGAGGGUUCAACGCAGGCCCACUGCUGGAGAAGGCAGCAAAAGUGAUAAAAUGCUCAAUCGAUUCUCGUUUCGAAGACUGGGCUGGGCUGAGAGUGAUCGCAGAGCCAGGGAGGUGCUUCACGGAGACGGCGGCCACGCUGGCCACGUGCGUGAUAGGGAAGAGGGUGAGAGGGGCGAAGAGGGAGUAC